AUGAAGGUUUCCAACUCGGCCAUCCGCCAAGUGACAGCUAGCUUCGCCCUGUUGGCAGCUGUGCCGGUUGUCUCCGCCUCAUGCCCUCUCCCAUCAUCGUAUCAGUGGACAUCAACUGGCCCGCUAGCGAAUCCGAAUUCAGGAUGGGUCGCGCUCAAGGACUUCACUCAUGUUCCUUAUAACGGCCAGCAUCUCGUGUAUGCGUCAGACGUCAGCACAGGAGGGGCGUAUGGUUCAAUGAACUUCAACCUGUUCCAAGAAUGGUAUCAAAUGCAAUGGGCUUGGCAGAAUGGAAUGAGUUCAGGCACAGUUGCACCCACUCUCUUCCACUUCUCCCCGAAGAACAUCUGGGUGCUCGCGUAUCAAUGGUGUUCGUCCCCAUUCUGCUACCGGACAUCAAACGACCCCACCAACGCAAAUGGGUGGUCAGAGCCACAAUCGCUCUUCUCUGGAAGCAUCCCCAACUCUGCUCCCCUCGAUAACGCAAUUAUCGGCGACGGUACAAAUAUGUACCUAUUCUUUGCUGGAGAUAAUGGCAAUAUCUAUCGGGCCAGUAUGCCCUACGGAGAUUUCCCUGGCAGCUUCGGCUCUACAGAGACUGUGGUGUUGAGCGAUACCAGAGAGAAUCUCUUCGAGGCAGUUGAGGUCUAUACUGUUUCAGGGCAAAACCAAUACCUCAUGAUUGUUGAGGCGAUUGGACAAAAUGGGCGGUACUUCCGGUCGUUCACGGCCUCCAGCCUAGGCGGUGUGUGGACCCCUCAGGCUACAACUGAAAGCGCUCCCUUCGCUGGCAAAGCCAACAGUGACGCUUCCUGGACCAACGAUAUUAGCUCUGGAGACCUGAUUCGCAGUACCAACGACGAGACGAUGAGUAUCGAUGCCUGCAACCUGCAGUUCCUUUAUCAGGGACGGUCCACAUCCUCUGGUGGCGACUACAACUCUUUGCCUUACCAGCCCGGUCUUUUGACCCUCGUGAGAUAG